UUGAGUUACAUAAGUUAUUGUGUGUUUUAUUUGACACUGUUCAUUUAUGUGAAUAACAUUGCUCUCUAAACACGAAAUUGGAAUGUAGGUAAUAAUAAGAUAAUUGUAAUGUUUUCCCUUCAAGUGGAGUGCUGAAAUGUCAGACUUUGCCAGCAGACACCGUAGAUAACGGAACGAGCUUACAUAGAGACGGACCGAGAGGGUGCAAUGAUGAGCCAGAGUGGACCCACAGCUCUACUUUCUUUAGUCUACAUUGAGCGCAGAAUGGCGAAAGUCUACAUUUUCUGAGGGAGAGGCGUAAAUUGGAAGGUCCUCACAGAUAAGACCGGAGAACGGCAGGAAUAUUACUGCAGUUCCCAAACACUACGGGAAAGCGCCGGAAUAUAUUAUUGGAGGGAUUUAUACGGAACGAAACUCAUCAAAGUCUACGUUUUUAAUCAGGAUUUGAGGACCCAGCGCCUAAUCCGACUUCAGAGACGAAAUGUGAAUCUAAAUAACUUCUGUUAAUGAAAGAUUUGAACGAAUAUGAUAUGAUCCAUCCGACUUCGUUCGAGAAGGAAUUUAGAUUGCCCUUUUAAAAUUAUUAACUCUCUAUUUGGAGACAGGCUGUGAGCACAGUCGUUUUGCCCAAAACAUGGUGAUAGAUGUUUUGCGUUCAUUUAAAGUGAGUGUAAAAAUGAUGGUUAUCAAGGAUUGAAACGAUCUGUAAGGGGCAUCUCACAAGCCGAACACCAGAGUUAUUUUGCUUUUGAAAGGACAUUUUCAAUGCAUUUCUUCGCAAUGCGUAACGUUACCCUUGCGUAUUUUCCAAAUCCUGCUUGAAAAGAUCCGUCCCAUAGACCAGCCUACUCAACAGGAUGAGAGGAGACUAACGUUCGUUGACAAUUUUAUAUAUCACAACUGAAUGUUUUGGCUGGACGGCACGGUGACAAGAGGAGCUACAUUAGACCCAUCAUAAAACAAAUAAACAUUUUAAACUUUUAUUUUGAUAACUUCGAAACUAGAGAGCGCACGUUUAGUCUGGAAUACAAGAAUAGAUGAUUUUCAAAAGACUGAGGACGACAUAAAUCUUCCACCAUGUUCAAAGGGGGCUGUGGGCUAGAGUUCCUGCUGGUUCUCUGUGGUCUGGAGCUUUCCUGGUCCUGCCCACACCACUGUAUCUGCUACACCGCGCCCAGUACCGUCAGCUGCCAGGCACACAACUUCCUGUCCGUCCCCGAAGGCAUUCCCCCACACAGCGAGCGUAUCUUCCUGCAGAACAACAAGAUCCACCGGCUGCUGCAGGGCCACUUCAGCCCCACCACGGUCACACUGUGGAUCUACUCCAACAACAUCACCUACAUCGAGCCCUCCACCUUCCACGGCUUCGCCCAGCUGGAGGAGCUGGACCUGGGGGACAACCGUCACCUGCGUUCCCUGGCUGCAGACACAUUCCAUGGACUGGGCCGGCUCCAUGCUCUGCACCUGUACCGCUGUGGGCUCAGUGCGCUGCCCAGUAACAUCUUCCAGGGGCUACGCAAUCUGCAGUAUCUCUACCUACAGGAUAAUCACCUGGAGUUCCUGCAGGAUGACAUCUUUGUGGACCUCCACAACCUGAGCCACCUGUUCCUGCAUGGGAACCGUCUGUGGUCACUGCACCAGAACACCUUCCGGGGGCUGGGGGCCCUGGACCGCCUGCUGCUGCACCACAACCAGCUGCAGUGGGUGGACCGCCUGGCCUUCCACGACCUGCGUCGCCUCACCACCCUCUACCUGUUUAACAACUCACUGACCGAGCUGUCUGGAGACUGCCUGGCACUGCUGCCUGCCCUGGAGUACCUGCGCCUCAACGACAACCCCUGGGAGUGUGACUGCAAGGCCCUGUCGCUGUGGGACUGGCUCAAACGCUUCAGAGGUUCUACUUCGUCCGUAGGCUGUCAGGCCCCGGCCGAGCUGGCUGGGAGGGACCUCAAGCAGCUCCGCAAGGAGGACUUCCCCAACUGCUCUGGCUCUGAGUCCCUGCACCAGAGCAAGACCUGGGCCGGGACUGAUAAGGUAUCACUGAAGAAGGAGCCACAUCCAGUGCCACCGCCUCACUCCCACCCCCACCGUCCUCACCACAACGAGUCACCACACUAUCCCUCGCCACCCUCGCCUCUGCCCCAUCCACCCCCGUCUGUAAGCGGGGAGAGCACGGGAUCAGAGGGACAACCUGGGGUGGCGCCCCCUCAGAGGCCAGGCCGCGCUCGGAACUGCACCCGCCAGCGCGUCAGGGGAGGCAAGGGGAAGGGGCAGAAUGAGGUGCAUACCUUAAAGGAGAUGACCGAUAAGGAGUAUUCCUCGCCCGAUUUUGAAGGGGGCAAAUAUGACCACACGUCCCCGGAUGGCACGGUCACGCGAAGGAAGCAUAAGUGCCCUCCCCGGACCACUGUUCGCCCCCCUAGUGGGGUGCAACAAGCCACCAAUAGGGCCACGUUCUCCCAGCCCUUAAUUCAUCUCAAUGCCAUAAUGGGAGCUUUGUUGCCCAUGACCAUUGCCCAUAUUCUCCGCUGACCUAGAGGGAGGGAUAGGUACUGGCUAAACGACAACAGUGCAGUCCUUAGACCUGCUCUAGCUCCUGCACAACAAGGUCUGUGUGUGUGUGUACUUUGUGUGUGUGGUUGUGUGUGUAAAACAUUGUGUAGGGAGCUGUUUAGACUCUGAAAUAGACUUUCAAACAUCAACAUCAAAUGUGGGACGGGGAUGUGUGAGGGAUGGGGAUGUGUGAGGGUUGGGGAGUGAGGAAAGACGAAAGGAAAACAUAGAACACGCUUGCACUGCCACUGUUGCCAUUAUAUUCUCAUUUCCUGUUGUCUUGGUCUCUUUCUGUCUGAGUUCUGUCUUCGACUCUGCUGAAGCACAGAUAACGAAACUUUUGGGGGGGAAAAAGAGAUGGUGAAAUGCAGCAAUUUAGCUAUGAGACAGAUAAGCUCUAAGGAAAAAGUGUUGAAGCCAGCUUUAAUUAUCAGUUCACAGUUUGUAAAUCCUUAUUGUGAAACAGAAAACAGAUGACGUGGUGAAAGAAACCAUCACAGAGAAGUCUAGCCCAAUCUUGUGUUUCAUAUUAUUUGCCAAAUGUUAUUUAUUACAUUCAUUGCCAAUAGCUGCUGCAUAGAAUUGGGCCACAGAGGAAAUCGAGGGUAUUGCUCAUCAACAGGGAGAUAAGCAGGAAGCUGCCCGGUCAUAAAUCAUAAUUCCAUCUCAGAACAGGAAUGUGCAACGCUCACUUCUUAGCAGAAGUCAUGGAAAACUACAGAAACAGCACUGCAAAGAGCAGCACACACACAGACCAGUCAGCUCCAGCUACAGUAUGAUAACUAGGUCACUUCUGCUCCAUGCCCUGGUAACAUUGACCCCCGAGCUACAUAUCUAGGUAUACAUCUUCUGCCUACUUUACAGUAUUUCUACAAUAUUUACAUUCUGCUUUAUUAAUUCCUGCUUCUAAAUGUCCUUUCUUUCUACCUGCUCCAUUUCAUUUUCUACAUGUGCUACUACAUAUUAAGCUAAUAUACCCAAGCUGCUAAUUAUCUUUAUGGAGGUGAGUGGGACUGUGGUUGACUCCCACUUCCUUCAAAAACCAGUGUCCCCCCCCCCAGGAGAAGAAAGCUGUGAAUAUUGAUGGAUCUGUGUAUUUCUUGUCUCAAAUGUUGUUUGUUUGAUUUUGCCAAGACGUAAAGAGGACCUAGCGAUGGAGCCCUAUACAGGGUACACAGCCUUAGGGGUUAAGGGUCAGAUUGGGUAUUCUCAGUUUCCCAGUGAGGCUUUGGGCUUCGCUGAACAGAACACUCUUCAGUGUGGGCAUCCCCUCCUCAUUGAGAACGUGAGGAACAUUUAUAUUGUGCUAAUCAAUGGACAUCAAAGGAAAACAACUGCCCAACAAGACUAUAGAAGAAACAAAAACAAUAUGUGUACCUUAAAUGACUUCUGUAAUGAAUAAAAGAUUAUAAGAGGGGGAAAAAAUGAUUCAAUCAAGCAUGGCAAAACGUGGACCUCUCUUGGAAAUAAUAGAACUGCUAAAAUACCUCUCUCCAUUGACUGCUGUUCUUGUCAAUGGAUGUGGGGAACCAAGAGAAAGACAAUCACUUCUAAAGUAGCAGGGGGUUUAACAGGACCAUGGGCAGACAGACAGACUACUGCUGAACUACUAUCCCCCUGGACUACAGGAGCUUUUGUGCCUCCGCAAAAUACAACAAUAAGUUGACGAUGUUUGUAAUAAUAAUGAUGUUGACUGUACCAUUAACAAUGACAACGAGAGGACUAACUAACUGUAGUUCUAAUAUUAAUCAUUUAUUAUGAGAAUAACAAUAUUAAUGACAUCAUCAACAAUGAAAACAGGGUUUCUGCUCCCCUGAUGAAGGGACAAUCUUUCUUUAAAUUCAUUAACCGUUUCAUUUUUUUUUGUUUGCUAAAAGGAACAUUUUAUAUAACCUUUUUUUUGUUACAUCCUGUCAACCCCUUUAUCGGAUAAAAAUGCACAAUUCAGUUCCCCCUCCUACUGUUCCCUGUCUAUCUCCUGUCUCCUACUGUUCCCCGUCUAUCUCCUGUCUCCUACUGUUCCCCGUCUAUCUCCUGUCUCCUACUGUUCCCUGUCUAUCUCCUGUCUCCUACUGUUCCCCGUCUAUCUCCUGUCUCCUACUGUUCCCCCGUCUAUCUCCUGUCUCCUACUGUUCCCCGUCUAUCUCCUGUCUCCUACUGUUCCCCGUCUAUCUCCUGUCUCCUACUGUUCCCCGUCUAUCUCCUGUCUCCUACUGUUCCCCGUCUAUCUCCUGUCUCCUACUGUUCCCCGUCUAUCUCCUGUCUCCUACUGUUCCCCGUCUAUCUCCUGUCUCCUACUGUUCCCCGUCUAUCUCUUGUCUCCUACUGUUCCCCGUCUAUCUCCUGUCUCCUACUGUUCCCCGUCUAUCUCCUGUCUCCUACUGUUCCCCGUCUAUCUCCUGGCUCCUACUGUUCCCCGUCUAUCUCCUGGCUCCUACUGUUCCCCGUCUAUCUCCUGGCUCCUACUGUUCCCCGUCUAUCUCCUGUCUCCUACUGUUCCCCGUCUAUCUCCUGUCUCCUACUGUUCCCCGUCUAUCUCCUGUCUCCUACUGUUCCCCGUCUAUCUCCUGUCUCCUACUGUUCCCCGUCUAUCUCCUGUCUCCUACUGUUCCCCGUCUAUCUCCUGUCUCCUACUGUUCCCCGUCUAUCUCCUGUCUCCUACUGUUCCCCGUCUAUCUCCUGUCUCCUACUGUUCCCCGUCUAUCUCCUGUCUCCUACUGUUCCCCGUCUAUCUCCUGUCUCCUACUGUUCCCCGUCUAUCUCCUGUCUCCUACUGUUCCCCGUCUAUCUCCUGUCUCCUACUGUUCCCCGUCUAUCUCCUGUCUCCUACUGUUCCCCGUCUAUCUCCUGUCUCCUACUGUUCCCCGUCUAUCUCCUGUCUCCUACUGUUCCCCGUCUAUCUCCUGUCUCCUACUGUUCCCCGUCUAUCUCCUGUCUCCUACUGUUCCCCGUCUAUCUCCUGUCUCCUACUGUUCCCCGUCUAUCUCCUGUCUCCUACUGUUCCCCGUCUAUCUCCUGUCUCCUACUGUUCCCCGUCUAUCUCCUGUCUCCUACUGUUCCCCGUCUAUCUCCUGUCUCCUACUGUUCCCCGUCUAUCUCCUGUCUCCUACUGUUCCCCGUCUAUCUCCUGUCUCCUACUGUUCCCCGUCUAUCUCCUGUCUCCUACUGUUCCCCGUCUAUCUCCUGUCUCCUACUGUUCCCCGUCUAUCUCCUGUCUCCUACUGUUCCCCGUCUAUCUCCUGUCUCCUACUGUUCCCCGUCUAUCUCCUGUCUCCUACUGUUCCCCGUCUAUCUCCUGUCUCCUACUGUUCCCCGUCUAUCUCCUGUCUCCUACUGUUCCCCGUCUAUCUCCUGUCUCCUACUGUUCCCCGUCUAUCUCCUGUCUCCUACUGUUCCCCGUCUAUCUCCUGUCUCCUACUGUUCCCCGUCUAUCUCCUGUCUCCUACUGUUCCCCGUCUAUCUCCUGUCUCCUACUGUUCCCCAUCUAUCUCCUGUCUCCCACUGUUCCCCAUCUAUCUCCUGUCUUUGCCAUGAUUGAAGGGUUCAAUAAGUCGUUAUCAAAGAACAACAGUACAAAAUGUUUAUAAAGAUAUUAAAAUCUAUAUCUUCUUAUGUUAAA